AGGAUUGAAGCUAUACAACAUGGUCGUCUCCGCCUCGUCAAUUCGCGACAUGAGCACCGAUGAAAAGCUGCCGCGUGCAGAUUCCGAUGGAUCACUGGCGUCCAUCGACGACGCAACGAACCACGCGGAGUACAAGGUGCGGCGGUCGCGCCUUAUCGGCAUGGUGAAUUGGUGGCACGUCGCUAUGACUUUUUACCCGCACAUCUUGGUGACUCUACUUUGCUAUUUGGCCUCGCAAAUCACAUUUGAUGUGUUGACAAUUGGACCGAAUGUGCCAAUUGAGAUUGCGCUGGGAGUCUUGCGGGAAUUGCCCCCUGCUCUCUUGGACAUGUCGUGGCGUUCAACUCUUCUAGGUCUUUGUCUUGUGUGGUAUCUGGCACGGCACCACCAUCCAGUUUACCUGGUUGACUUUGUGACCUUUGAGCCGCCAGAGAGCUGGCGAUUGACUCAUGAUGAGCUGAUGACCUGCAUGCGGCGCCAACGAUGUUUCACGGAAGAGAGUAUCGCCUUCCUAAAGCGAAUUCUUGACAAGUCUGGCACUGGGCAGAGGACAGCGUGGCCGCCGGGGAUCACGCGUUGCCUCCGAGACGAGUCGAAAACGGCGGAUCAGUCAGUGGAAGCUGCGCGCAAGGAGUCUGAGACUGUGAUAUGUGACGUUGUUCAGAGUUGUCUACAGCGCACUGGAACUUUGCCGACCGAGGUUGACAUCCUCAUAGUGAACUGCAGCCUCUUCUCUCCGACACCGUCCCUUUGUGCCAUGAUAAUGAAUCGCUUCAAAAUGUGCGAGAAUGUUAUGGCAUACAAUCUGAGCGGUAUGGGCUGCUCCGCAAGUCUCAUCGGGAUCGAGCUUGCUCAGAAUGUGCUGCGAUCGCACCCGAAUAAAGUUGCCCUCGUUGUUUCUACCGAAAACCUCACCCAAAAUCUCUACCAUGGAAAUGAGCGCAGCAUGCUCCUCCAAAACACGCUUUUCCGAUGUGGGGGCGCCGCAAUGCUUUUAUCAAACAAGUGGCGCGAUGGUCAACGAGCAAAAUUUAAGCUGCUUCAUGUUGUCCGUACCCAAAGCACGGGCGAUGAAGCAUACGACGCUGUUUACGAGUGUCGUACCAUGGAAAAGAACUUCACCGUCCUAGGGCCUUAUGUUCUUCCUCUAUCAGAGCAGAUGCGUGUCGCAUACACACUUGCUAAGAAAAAACUCUGUAAGUAUCUUUGCAGGGCCCUACGACUCCAUAAGGAAGAAAGUCGGUCGAUAAUGACUGAGAUUCUCUCCAGCUGGAUCCCUGCCAAGAUUCCUGCUUAUGUCCCCGACUUCAAGCGCGGCAUUGACCAUUGGUGCAUCCACGCGGGCGGCCGUGCUGUCGUUGAUGGCGUUGCUAAGAAUCUCAAGCUGCAACCCGAGCACGCCGAGCCAAGUAAAGUUGCACUCUUCAAUUAUGGAAACACAUCAUCUUCUUCGAUUUGGUAUGAGAUGGACUAUGUUCGUAAGGUGCAAAACCCCAGGAAGGGGCAUCGUAUUCUCCAGGUCGCCUUUGGUAGUGGUUUCAAAUGUAACUCUGCUGUCUGGCUCUGCCUUCAUGAGUAGCAGGGACUAGCCCUAAUGGCUCUGCUUCAGACCUGUGGGCUAGGAUAGGAGAAAGGGGCAACUAUCAGAGUUCUUGUCAAGGCUCCCGGACUUUGGGGGCGCGCGCAACAAGUUAUUAAAUUUUCUUACUGUGCUCACCAUCCGAUUUUGUGGUAUAGAUUUUCAGGUGACUUUCCAAACUGAUGUUCUGACUUCAUAUUCAUCUUUUUCCUCGCCAGUCACCUUCGUGGCGAUAGCGACUGUUCAGUCGACUGUUUUGCCAUCCGAAUAGGGCGUAUUCCAAUCCAACACGCUAGUGCGCUAGCGGACCAGGAGUUAAUUCAUCUCCAAGAGCUCUGUGCGUGAGGUCUGAAUUUUGAAUGCUAGGCAUAUGCUCAGUCGGCACUGACGAAACAUCGAGACUCUGCUCAAGACUACUUUCAAGACUCCACAAAGGUCCUAUGGAAAUCUGGCUGAGGUGGCCCCGCGAAGGGUGACUCUCAGCCUGGAUCGCCAGCCUGGAUCAGCCAGCCAGCUGCCAGCCAACCCAUGCCUAGCAGCUACUCCCUCCCACUUGACCUACUGUGCAAGCAGCCAAAAUCUGAUCAGCCAGCGCGCUAGGUGCCAUUUAAACACUAAGUUCCAUUUUACCGUAAAAACCUUGCCGCUCC